AUGGAGGACAGAGGUCGGGCCGGGUCCGGCCCCCAUCCCGGUUUCCGCGAUGGCGCCGGCCCGUGGGGUGCGGAGCAGGGGCCUAGGGAUGACGUCAGCGGAUCUAACCCUAACGUGCGCGGCACGCAACCGAUGAUGGGGAACGGCGGAAGCUUUUCCGCCAGAGGGGGAAACGGGGAGGAGGGGGAAGCGGAACGGGGGGGUUCCGACAAGGGCGGGGGAAGGGCGGCGGAAAGGGAGGAGGGAAAGGAACGGGCUUGGGGGAAUGGCCAGGGGGAAGGCGCGGGGGAGGUCGAGCGGAAGAGAAAAGGGGGAGCGGGGGAAGAGGACGACAGGGGUUUCGGAAGGGUUUGGGGGGAGCCUGGGAGAUACGGGUGGGGCGGAGGGCGGAGGGAUGGGGGGUAUGGGGACGGGGGUUUUGAUGGCGGCGGGGGUUUUGGCGGAAGAGGAGCGGGGGAAGCUGGGGGAGGUGCGCACGGGGGGAGAGGCGGGAUGGGGCGCGGGGGAAUGGGCGGAGAGAUGGGGCCUAUGGGAAUGGGGGGGAUGGGCAUGGGGCAUAUGGGGGGACCGAUGGGGCCAGGUAUGGGGGGCAUGGGCGGAAGCAUGGGCGGCGGGGGGAUGGGUGGCGAGGGGAUGGGGGGAGGCAUGGGGAUGGGUAUGGGAAUGGGCAUGGGGCAUAUGGGCAUAGGGAUGGGGAAUAUGGGGGGUGCGGGCGGAAUGGGAGGCAUGGGGGGAAUGGGAGGGAUGGGGAGUAUGGGGGGAGGAAUGCCUAUGGGGGCAGGGGGUCCGCCUAUGGGCGCAGGGCGUCCCCCUAUGGGCGGAGACGGCAUGCCCAUGGGGGGAAACGGAAUGGGCGGAGUGGGGAUGGGCGGAGGGGGAAUGCCCAUGGGCGGAGGCCCAGGAAUGCAGAUGGGGGGAGGUCCGGGCGGAAUGGGGGGACGGGGGAUGCGCAUGGGUCCGCCUGGGGGAAUGCCCAUGGGCGGAGGGGGGCCCGGGUCGGGGCCGGGAGGCGGGGGAGCAGGGGGGGCAGGAGGCGGAGGCGGAGGCGGAGGCGGAGGGGGCGGAGGAGGGGGAGGAGGCGGAGGCGGAGGGUCAGGGGGAGGGGAAAGCCGGCAGAUGGGCGCGGGGGGUGCUGGAGGCCCGCCCAUGGGCGGAGGGAUGGCCGGAGGCAUGGGGGGAGGCAUGGGCGGAGGCAUGGGCGGGGCCAUGGGGGGAGGCAUGGGCGGAAGGAUGGGCGGAGGCAUGGGGGGAAGGGGGGGCAUGGUAACGCCUGGGGGGCGCAUGGGGUAUGUGGCAACGCGGGGGAAGUCAAGGGGGGCGCAAAAUGACUAUUCCCAACACUUCGUGGAUACUGGAUACAGGCCCCAGAACUUCAUACGCGAUAUGGACGUGAAUGAUAGGUUUGAGGAGUACCCUAAACUGAAGGAGCUUAUAACGAGGAAGGACCGGAUUGUGGCGGAUGCGACUACGCCUCCUGUGUACCUUCAGAUGGAUUUAAAGCAGGUCGAGUUGACGCCUGAAAUAUUCGGCACCAAGUUUGAUGUGAUUCUGAUUGACCCCCCCUGGGAGGAGUAUGUGCGGCGGGCGCCAGGCAUGGGGGACGAGAUAGAGUGGUGGACACCGAAAGAGAUCAUGGCGCUGAGAAUCGAGGCCAUAGCGGACACGCCUUCUUUCGUCUUCCUGUGGGUGGGGGAUGCCGAGGGGUUGGAAUAUGGGCGCAUGUGCCUCAAGAAGUGGGGCUUUCGCCGCUGUGAGGACAUCUGCUGGGUGAAGACCAACCGGGAGAAGCCUGAUAGUCCCUGGGGGCACACAUCCGAGACGCUGUUCCAACACUCCAAGGAGCACUGUCUCAUGGGUAUCAGAGGCACAGUGAGAAGGAGCACAGACGGCCAUGUCAUUCACGCUAACAUUGACACUGAUGUGCUUAUAUCGGAGCAGCCGCCCUUUGGGAGCACGGAGAAGCCCGAGGAGCUAUACUCUCUCAUCGAGCACUUUGCUCUCGGGCGGCGGCGAAUCGAGUUGUUUGGUGCUGACCACAAUAUCCGGGCAGGCUGGCUGACCGUGGGGAAAUCUCUCACCUCCUCAAACUUCAACCCUCAGACCUACUGCAAGCUCUUUGCCGGACCUGACGGCAAGGUUUGGCAAGGCACGGGCCGAGGCAAUCCCCCGCCUGGAGCGCCGCACCUGCUGGUUACCACGCCUGAGAUCGAGGCUCUGCGGCCCAAGUCUCCGCCAAACCGCCAGCAGCACGGGAACCAGCCACAGGCUCCCAUUCAGCCACAAAAUCAAUUUCAGCCUCCGGGCAAUAUGGGAAAUAACCCGCCUUUUGGAGGAACGGGAGGUCCUCCUGGGGGUCAUGCUGGACCAGGAAUGGUGAAUAAUGGUCCGGGUGGAGGUUCGUUUGGUGCUGGUUCGGGCCCAGGUCAGAUGCAUGAAGGACAAGCUAGAGUCAGGAUUGCUGAACCAAGAUCAGUAACCAACGGCGUUGUGCCACGUGUUGGAAGACCUUCCCAACGUCCUGGUCUGCUGGUUUCGGCCACGUGGCUUGAAAACAAGGCCAUGGUGGAUGCGCCAUCUGUCCCGCUCCCAUUGGCCUUCGACCUGUGGUUGGACCGAGAGCUCAUCCCUUCUUGGAUGCCCUGGAUUGCUUCAGUAAAAGUGCGUGACGACAAACCAGAGCUCUCCACGUGGACCCUCCGUUACAACGCAUUCGGGCAGAACCUCGAGUUCUCCUGGCUUGCGAAGAACCUGCAGCCCAUCCACCAUCAGAAGAUCCACUGGCGGUCACUGGAUGGUCUUCCCAACAGGGGCGCCGUCCGCUUCUUUCCCAGCGGGCCAAAUGGCUGCAAGCUGGAGAUGACUAUCUCAUACGAGGUGCCUGGCAUUCUUGUCCCCGUUGCAAACAGCCUUGCCCCAUUGGUGCAGAGCAUCAUUCAGGCCGACCUUGAGCGGUUUGUGGAGUUUGCCAAAAAGAGAGUGCAGCAGCAGUCGGCGUGA